AUGCAGGACAUCUGGAACCAUAUACGUUCCCUAGUACCUCUGCGAGGUGCUGCCCGUGCAGCCUGUGUGUCCGGUGCCUUUCUACGCUCUUGGAGAUACCAUCCCAACCUCACCUUGACAGUGCAAUCAUUGGGCUACUUUGAUUUUACUAGGAAAGUUGAUCACAUUCUAGAAAAACACUCAGGCGUCGGCGUGAAGAAGCUCGAUCUCGAAUUUAUUGAAUGUUACAAUGCCAACGCCAAUGACAACUAUAUAUUCGUGCUAAAGUACGAGUUCCCAUGCUCAGUUUUAUCUGAUGGAAGCGGAAGCUCGAUUCGGUAUCUUGAUCUUGAAGGUUGUGCCUUCCGACCCGCAGUCCAACUUGGUCACUUGGGAUGUCUGGCAAGGUUGCAUCUACAUUGUGUUCAUAUAACAGGGGACGAGCUAGAAUGCCUUCUCUCCAAUUCUCUAGCGCUGGAACGGUUGGAACUCAGGGAUUGCCAUGAGAUAAUUUGCUUGAAGAUACCCUACCUCUUGUGUCACCUCAGCUAUUUGCACGUGUAUGGAUGCAACAUGCUGCGAGCUAUAGAGAACAAAGCCCCAAAUCUUCGCAGCAUCUGCCUCAGGAGCCUCCCAGCCCAACUCCCCCCGGGACAGUCACUGCAACUUGGAGAGUCUUUGCAACUGAAGAACAUAGAAAUGUGGUGUUUCAAUCCCGUUUACUAUGCUCGUGCGGAGCUUCCAUUAGUCGCACCGAAUCUUGAAACUCUUACCGUGGGCUCAAUGCUUGAGAUGGUCAAUACGCCAAUGGCUCCUAGCAGAUUCCUCCACCUCAAGCACUUGAGUAUUCAUCUUGUUGGAGUAAACUUAUCCCCUGAAUACGAUUAUUUUUUAUUGGCAUCUUUUAUUGAUGCUUCUCCUUCCUUGAAAACUUUCAUCCUGAGAGCACCGCUGACCCUCACGAAGCAUGAAUCGAUUAUUGGAGGUUCAUCAGAUCUGAGGCAGAUGCCGCAGCACCGUCAUCACAAUCUCCAGAGCUUCAAGAUUACUUGCUUUGGCUCUGCCAAGACCUUGAUUGAGCUAACAUGCCAUGUUCUCGAGAAUACAUCAUCACUUGAAUGCGUCACUCUGGACACCACCACUUCAGAAGCUUUUAGGUGUUCUGAUGACAAUUCUACGAAAUGCGUUCCAAUGCCCAAGGAUAAUAACUUGGAAGCACAAAAGGCACUCCUGGCUAUUGAAAUGUAUAUCAAAAUGAAAGUUCCUGAUGCAGUCAAGUUAGAUGUCGUGGAGCCUUGUAGACGGUGCCACGCCAUUGAACUGUAA